AAUGCUGCUUCUCCUUGUUGAACAAGUGAUGCCCACACUGUGGAUAGUCCUCAUCAUGGUCUUUCUCAUCCUCACCUUGCUCCUGGCCCUCCGUUUUGGUGGUGUCUAUGGAUACGGGUUGUACAGGAAGUGGACAGAGAAAAUCCCUAACCCAAGCAAGAGCCUCCUGUUCCAGGAUGGAGGUAAAGGACUCUGGUCUGCUGGUGGCAUGGCAGCCUCCGCCUCUAAGAACCCCACUCCCCCGAAACCACAGAGCAGCCUUUUCACUGAGCAACAAGGGGUGUCGUAUAUGCACUUGGAGGACACUCAUCACCAGGACCAAGAGGAAAAGAUCAUGGACCAUGGUCUUCGAAUCUCUUCCCUAGCCAUGGAGACAUGA